AAUCGACCUCCAAAUCGUCGACGAGAGCGAGAUAUAACGAACGCAAACUUCUAGAUUCCGUUAACCCGCGUUAUCCGUUUCUUGUAAUAUAGAAGAAGAAACUGCAAAAAUUGAAGUGCAAAAAAUUACGCGAAAGAAUCGUUCACACAUCUCAUCCGUAUCGCAAUCACUCAAUUACAUACUUCAUAUCGAAUCUCCGCGCUUAAUUUCAUAAUAUUUUCGCUGUAUUUUUCAGUUCAAGCUUUUAGUAUCUAAACACAAAAUUAUCUUCCUGAUUUAAUAAUAAUAAAAAAAUCAUGGCAAAUUCUGAAUCCCAAUUUAUUACAGUGAUAGGGGUGCAAAAAGCAAUAAAUUUUUCUCAUUGGACACUACGAGAAGAAAAUUUGAGUGCAUUAUAGGGGGAAUAAUUUUCAAACAGAUAUUGAAUAACUUCAAUUUUCCCCCUUUAUCGCAAUUAAAGCAAUAUUUGUACGAAUAAACGUAUGAGUAAUUUCAUUGCAAACGGACGUUAAAUGUGGUCUUAUGAUAUUGUGGUGCAGGAAUGAAUCCAAACAAAAAUAUUAGUUUCAGUAAAAUUAAUGAAUAAAUGAUAUUUCCAUAUUCGUCUAUCAAAUGGUUCUGUCAGGUCUUUUGGCACCUGCGGCUGCCGCUGCUAGGUGGACCCGCGGAAAAGCUAUUAAAAGGACUCACGAAAGUGGAGUUGCUGUUGGGAGAUUGGCAUUAUCACGUUAUGGACCGCAGGUGAUGAGCGUACUUUGUCUGCGCACCUCCUUGCCCCAAUCUAAUCCCAAUAAUAGAAAGACAUCUACAUCGGACCAGAUUGACUUGGUCGAAGAGGAACCCUCCCCUGUUAUAAACUCCAAAGGAAUAUCCACCGACGAGCUGGCUCUAUUAGCUAAACUGGAAGAAGCCAAUCGGCUCAUAGAAUCAGAUGCAAAGUCAUUGAAUUCGCUGCAAAGUAAUCAUAGCAGAAAAGGAUCAGAUACAUCGCAAGUUUCUCUUACGUCGGGGGGCAGCAGCGGUGGCGGAGAUGCUGCACCCCGACGUCAUACACCGACAGAUGGAGAAGAAAAUAUCUGGACACUCUGGGGACAUAUUGUGGCCGAUUGGGAAAAUUAUAGCAAAAAGAAAAAAGAGUUUGUUAAGGAACUAGUACGCAAGGGCAUCCCUCAUCAUUUCAGGGGAAUAGUAUGGCAGCUUUUGUGUGGUGCACACGAUGCUCCUGUGAAAAAACAGUUUGCUGAAUACAUCAAAGCAACAUCUGCUUGUGAGAGGGUUAUUCGAAGGGAUAUUGCAAGAACUUAUCCAGAGCAUGAUUUUUUCAAGGAGAAAGAUGGACUUGGACAAGAAAGUCUUUUCAAUGUCAUGAAAGCAUAUAGUCUUCAUGAUCGAGAAGUCGGUUACUGUCAGGGCUCUGGUUUCAUUGUCGGUUUACUUCUUAUGCAGCAAAUGCCAGAGGAAGAAGCAUUCGCGGUACUUGUUGCACUGAUGCAAGAGUAUCGGCUUCGCGACAUGUUCAAACCUAGCAUGGCUGAACUCGGAGUUUGCAUGUAUCAAUUAGAACACCUUGUAGCUGAUACACAUCCUGAACUUCACGCUCAUUUUACCGCCCAAGGAUUCCAUACAUCGAUGUACGCUUCUUCGUGGUUUUUAACCUUGUUCACAACAGCCCUCAGCCUUCCUUUGGCCUGUCGAAUAUUCGACGUGUUUCUUUCAGAGGGAAUGGAAGUCAUAUUCAAGGUUGCUCUAGCUAUGCUACAUUUAGGUAAAGAAGAUCUACUGAGUCUCGAUAUGGAAGGAAUGCUGAAGUUUUUCCAGAAAGAACUACCUGGCAGAGCAGAGGCAGAUCCUGAUGGGCUAAUGAACCUCGCAUAUGAUAUGAAAAUAAACCAAAAACGAAUGAAAAAAUUAGAAAAGGAUUAUACGGUAUUAAAAAUGAAAGAACAGGAAGAGAUGGUAGAAUUACGUAGACUGAGAGCGGAGAAUAGACUACUUAGACAACGAACUGAACUUCUCGAAGCAGAGUCGGCUGAACUUGCUGACAGAUUAGUUAGGGGUCAAGUUUCAAGAGCCGAAGAAGAAGAAACAACUUUUGUUGUUCAAAGAGAAUUGGCAGCUCUUAAGCAUACGCAUUUAGAAACUAACCAUCAGUUGGAAAUAGCACACGAAGAAUUAAGAUCGCUUUCCAUCUUGCUGGAGGAAAAUUUAACUUCUAAACAGUCAUCGCUUGAUGAAAUGUCUAUAAAGCAAGAAGCGUUAUCACAAAAAGAAGAAAUGGUACAAUGCUUACAACAGGAAUUAGUUAAAGUUCGGCUACAUGAGGCGGAAAAUGACGCUACUAUCAGGGAUCUCAAAGCAAGAAUACAAGAAUUGGAGGAAGAUAAGAAAACACUUCGAGAGUCCAGACCGGACAACUCCGUUGCACAUUUACAGGAAGAACUAAUUGCCGUUAAGCUUAGGGAAGCGGAGGCAAAUUUAUCUCUGAAAGACCUCAGGCAAAGGGUAGGUGAACUGAGUACUGCAUGGCAAAGACAUCUUCAAGAGCACCGUUCGGCUCAACCUGCGCCAGCAGCUGACUCGACGCCCAAGAAAUUAUUGUUCUGGGAAAAUCGUGGCCACGAAACACAGAGAUUAGAAGAAGAACUAAUGACAACAAGAAUCAGAGAAAUGGAAGCACUGACAGAGGUCAAAGAACUGAGAUUGAAAGUAAUGGAACUUGAAACCCAAGUUCAAGUUGCAACAAACCAACUUAGACGGCAAGAUGAGGGUGGAAAGCAGCUAAGGGAUGAUCUUGAAGAUGCCUUACUCCGAGAAAAAGACCUCACAACUAAACUUCGAGAACAGCAACACAAGUAUUCCGAUCUGGAAUCUAAAAUGAAAGAUGAAUUCAUGAUGGCAAGGAUAAGAGAUGCAGAACAUGGACAGCAAGUCGCUGAACUUACUCAUAAAAUAUCAUUACUCGAACUCAAAAAUGAAGAAAUGCAUGCAGAGGGGGAGCUGAGAAAUAACCUCGAUGAUAGCGAACGGGUCAGAGAAUUACAAGAUAAGGUUGCAGACUUAAAAGCUGAAGUCAUGAGGCUAGAAAACUGGAAGCAGAGAUGGACAGGUACAGGAGGCCCUGCGACACGAAGUAUGAGCGUUGACACCGAAAGCGAAUUAGAUGAACGAGAUCUGCGGAUCUGUCUACAAGACCAAAACAAUGCGUCAACCACCCCCAGUCCCCCUAAUGUUUGAAUUUUCAUCUCACAUGCAAGCUCUGUGUUCGUUUUUGCAUUUAAUAAUAUCACCUAAUCAGGCAGCUAAGUAAUAAUUACACAUAGUCCAUUGUUUUAUUUAAAAAAAAUUUUUUUUUUUGCGCUGUCAAGGAGCCCUAAGUCAAUACAAGUCUAUCGCUCAACAACUUGAUGAAAAGAUAAAAAUUAAACAAAGAAAAACUGGAAAAGAAAGAUUUGAUAUUAUAAUUAUAUGUAUAUAUAUCCUUUAUCGGUAUCUUAUAAUACACAAGAGCGCAGUUAUAUUAUUUAGGCAAUUCAUUUAACAUCUACCGUAAAUAGUAGCAUGAAAUAUAUAUAUAUGUAUAAGUGGUCCAACAAUAGCUCGUUUAAAAAUUCGUGAAUCAUGAAAUGUUGGAUUUACUUGACCUUUUUCUUCUAAUAAUCGAAAGUUACGCACUUCUGUUAACAUAGUAACUCCUCAUCGUGAAAACGGUAAAGUAACAAAACUUAACAUUCGUUUAAUACACUGUACUUAAGAUUUAUUUUGUUGACUUUUUUUUCUUUCUCUUCUCGAUUAAAUUCCUUACACGCAAUCCAGCUAGUUCACCGGUAAAGUUGGCACACUUUUUAGUAUAGUAGUUUUAUAUUUUUUCGAUUUCAAUUCAGUAUUUGCAGGUAUAACUUUUGGACUCACUAUAAUAUCGUAGUGUAACCAUGACUGUUAUAAAAUCGAUGAGUUAUUUGCAACUGAAUUAAAAGAGGAGGAAAAAGAAGAAAGAAAUAUAACUCGUGUAAUAUCGUCGUCAUUGAGUUUUCGUACAGCACUUGACGUAAUUAGUAUGAUUAAAAUAGACAAUUUUCUAUGAUCCAUGAAUUUUAUUUCGAUCAGAUUGGCUUUAGAUAAAAGUAGGCAAUACAAUAUCAGUGUUUAAAAAACAAUAUAAUUCUUUUAAUAGCGAUUCCAAUAAUUUGCAAUAUUAGUAUAGAUUGAAAAUCGAAAUUUUUAGUAAAUUGUGGUCGCGUUUUGUAAAAACAAAAACAUGUAAUAUAAUAGCAAGUCUAUAAUAAUGUGUACGCAUUACAUUCACAUUCCCCUACUACAUAAAAUCAUAGCAAGGAUUCAUAAUUGACGGUAUAAUUGGAUACUUAUUAUUAAUUUUAAUUAAAAAACGUUUGUAAAAAAAAAUUAAAACAUACCUAUAUGGGAGAACAUUAGGAUUGUAUUUGGAAUUAAAAGUUGAUGAGAUUUUAGAUGACAUUGAACCGGGUCACAAUUUUUUAUUAUACUCAUAAUACCGGUAUUUAAAACAAAAUAAAAAAUUAACGACCCUAGUUGUAAUAGACGAAACAAUGAAAAAGAAUGUGAGAUCAUUAACAAAUUUUCUUCAUUCAUCAGAUGAAUGUUUAUAUAACAGAAAUAUUUAUAAGAAAAAAAAAAAAAAAACUAAACCAACUGUUUUACAAUAUUGAUGUGGCAUGCAGCGUAGAAUCAUUGAAUAUAAAUCGUGUGGAUGAAAAUUUAACCGAAUUUCCACACUUAGAUCUAUCUUUCUUUUGUAUACAAGAAAUAUACAUAGACUCUACGUGUGUUGUCACUUUUUUUUACAAUUCUUGAAGUAUGAUGUAGAUCAUUGUUACGUAAUAAACUGAAGAAAAAAAUCAUAUAAAGCAAAUUUUACCAACA